AAUUUUGCCAAUCAACGAUCUGUUCCUUAUCAAAUGGGUCACUCAUUGGUCAGUUAUGGCCAAAUUGGUGGCACCAAUAGAUAAUGGGAAAACUCAGCAUAAUGUGCAAUCCAAAGUUAGUGUGCUAAGGUUUUUGAGUUGCACGUGGUAUUUGUACGGUAGUGUUUCAUAGCUAGUGUUGUGUGUUGUGGAUUUAGAAGUCGUCAGGGUAAAGUGAUAUUGAAAUGGCUCGUACUAAACAGACUGCUCGUAAAUCUACUGGAGGAAAAGCACCUCGUAAGCAGCUAGCCACGAAAGCUGCAAGAAAAAGUGCACCAUCUACUGGUGGUGUGAAGAAGCCUCACAGAUACAGGCCCGGAACUGUAGCUCUGCGUGAGAUCCGUCGUUACCAGAAGUCAACUGAAUUGUUGAUCAGAAAAUUACCAUUCCAGAGACUAGUCAGAGAAAUAGCCCAAGACUUCAAAACUGACCUCCGUUUUCAAAGUGCUGCUGUUGGAGCUUUGCAAGAAGCGAGUGAAGCAUAUUUGGUCGGACUGUUUGAAGACACAAAUCUGUGCGCUAUCCACGCUAAACGUGUAACCAUCAUGCCUAAAGACAUCCAGCUGGCUCGACGAAUCCGUGGUGAACGAGCCUAAACACUGAGAAUAUUUUAUGUACAACUUUUCAUCUUUAAGUGUAAAGGCAUCAAUCAGUUCUUUUUUAAAAAUUUAUAACUUUUUUUUUAAAAUGGCAGCCGAAAGUACAAGUAAUAUGUUAAUUUUGGUCACAGAACUGUUAAAUUGUAGGUAGCUUUACAUUUAUUUUAACAUGCAUAAUAUCUCUUUGUCAUUGUGUAAAACAAGUUUAAAGGUUUCUUUUGGAAAAUGUCAGAAAAAAGUUUAAUCACUUGCGUUUAAGUCCGUGUUAUAUACAUUGCUUCGUCAGCAUUGUAACAUGUGUCAGUCACUUCUCAUAUCAAUAUUUCCUAUGGUUUAAAAAUUUUUCAUGCAGAUAUUUACUUUUGUAAAGAUUAGUUUGUAUUCAAAUAAAUGAUUACAUUCGAAA